AUGGCUGACGCUUUGAAGGCUGAGGGCAACAAGGCCUUCUCGGCCAAGGACUAUCCGACUGCCAUUGAGAAGUUCACACAAGCUAUUGCUAUUGAACCCGAGAACCACAUCCUUUACUCCAACCGUUCCGCUGUCUACUCUGCUCAAACUGAGUACCAAAAAGCCCUCGAGGAUGCCGAGAAGGCCAUUAGCAUCAAGCCCGAUUGGUCCAAGGGUCAGCUCCGCAAGGGUGCUGCCUACCGGGGCUUGGGUGACCUGCUGGCCGCCCACGACGCAUACGAGGAGGCAUUGAACCUUGAGCCCGGCAACGAGCAGGCCAAGUCCGGGCUGAACGCCGUUCAGCGCGCCAUCAACGCCGAGGCCACGGCCGAUGGUGUUGAGGGUGACCCUACCGGUGGUCUGGGUGGCAUGUUCAACGACCCUGCCCUGUUCCAGAAGCUCGCCAACAACCCCAAGACCGCGGCCCUGCUGGGCGAUGCCGAGUUCAUGGCGAAGCUGAAGAAGAUUCAACAAAACCCCAACAGCGUUGGCGAGGAGAUUAGGGACCCCCGCUUCCUGCAGGUGAUGAGUGUUCUUCUGGGCAUUGACAUGAGCUUCGGUGCUCCCGAGGGUGGCCCUGCCGGUGCUCAGGCUGAGCCCACGCCACAGGCCAAGCCCGCUCCUCCGCAGCCCAAGAAGGAGCCCACCCCCGAGCCUGAGGAUGAGGAGGCUAUUGCCAAGAAGAAGGCCCAGGAGGCUGGUGAUGCUGAGAAGAAGAUUGGUAACGACUUCUACAAGAAGAAGGAGCUUGACAAGGCCAUUGAGCACUACGAGAAGGCCUGGGAGUUGAACAAGGAUAUCACCUACCUGAACAACAUUGGUGCUGCCAAGUUCGAGAAGGGUGACUACCAGGGUACCGUCGAGACCUGCCAGAAGGCCGUUGAGGAGGGUCGCGAUCUGCGCGCCGAUUUCAAGACCAUUGCCAAGGCUUUCACCCGUAUUGGCUCUGCCUACGAGAAGAUGGGCGACCUCACCCAGGCCAUCGAAUACUUCAACAAGUCUCUCAUGGAACACCGCACCCCCGAAGCCCUGACCAAGCUCCGCGCCGCCGAGAAGACCAAGGUCACCGCCGAGAAGGACGCCUACGUCGACUCCUCCCUUGCCGAAAAGGCCCGCGAGCUCGGCCAACAGAAGUUCCAGGAAGCCGACUGGCCCGGUGCCGUCGACGCCUUCACCGAGAUGACCAAGCGCGCGCCCAAGGACCCUCGCGGCUUCUCCAACCGUGCCGCUGCUCUAAUCAAGCUAAUGGCAUUCCCCCAGGCCGUGCAGGACUGCGACGAGGCUAUUUCCCGCGACCCCAAGUUCAUCCGUGCGUACAUGCGCAAGGGUCAGGCCCUCGUUGCUAUGAAGGAGUACAACCGUGCUAUUGAUACGUUUACCGAGGCUGCGGAGCAGGAUGACGGCACCCAUGCCCGCGAGAUUGAGCAGCAGCAGCAGAAGUGUCUGGAGGCGCAGUUCAGUGCUCGUGCUGGCGAGACUGAGCAGCAGACGAUGGAGCGCAUUCAGAAUGACCCUGAGAUCAUGGCCAUCCUUAACGACCCCGUCAUGCAAAGCAUCCUCAACCAGGCCAAGAGCGACCCCGCCGCUCUGCAAGAGCACAUGAAGAACGCGUCCGUGCGCAUCAAGAUCCAGAAGCUCAUGGCCGCCGGUGUGAUCCGCAUGGGCCGGUAA